AAAAUUUUUUCCAGAGGACAAAUUCUCGCAUCGUCUCCUUCUCCUUUAUAAAAUCAAUCCGCAGAGAUCGAAUCAAUCUGCAGAGAGGCGACGGAAUCGAACGACGAACAAGCAGUUCUUUCCGGUUAACGCGCAUUUGGUACAUGCGCUGCCGCUGCCUCCCUCCUCCUCCUCCUCCUCCUCCUCUUCCUCCAUGGAUCACCAAACCCUAAACGAUGUGGCUCUUCCCACUCUCCCUUCCGCUCGCCCCUCCUGCUCUCGCCCCUCCUCCACGGCCGUCCGCCGCUCCGUCAAGCGCCGCCUCUGCGAAGAGGAAACCGGCGCUGCUCCUUCCGCUUCUUCCUUCGGUGCUGAUGGGGGGUCCGCCCGAGUGGAGAUCGAGGACGAGAUGGCCGCGCUGCGGGAGGCGGUGGCGAAGCAACAAGAGACGAUCCAGGAGCUCUGUGCGGAGCUGGAUGCGGAGCGCAACGCUGCGGCAUCCGCCGCGAGCGAGACCAUGUCGAUGAUUAUCCGCCUCCAGUGCGAGAAGUCCGAGACCCAGAUGGAAGCACGCCAGUUCAAGCGCUUCGCUGAGGAGAAGAUGGAACACGACCAGCGCGAGAUGCUUAUCCUCGAGGACCUUCUCUCCAAGCGCGACGAGCUCAUCAACUCCAUGACGCUCCUGAUCCAGACUUACCGAAAGCACCUUAGUAGCCUCGGCAUCGACGUUGAGGCCAUCGACGCCGAUGCCUCUUUUGUCCAUCCAGGCGGCGAGACAGAGGCUACUCAAUUCGACGGUUUGCUGACCAUUGAUUACCCUUCUCUGAAGUGUACCAUACAGAAUGAUGUGGCAGGCAAAGAGGGCUAUUUAGAUGAGACUACUGAUCAUCAAAGGUACGAGUUUGUGGAGACAACAAAUGCCAAAGAGGACCUUCAGAAUCUACAUCAGCGGCUUUGCGAACUUGAAGCCUUGCCGGCUGCUGCCAGUCUUAUGGACAAGGACGUCAUCAAGGAAUGGCCACGACAAUCUAUUUAUUUCAGGCAAUCAUCUGCUGAUAGCCAUACCACGGGUUCCAUGGGUUCCGGGAAGAAUUCACAGGAGAUCAUGAAUGGGGAAGAAUUUCCUUCCUUAAUUGACACACACUCGGAUGAUGGUGGCGACUUUGACAACUUGAGCGAUAGGGUCUACACAAUUGAUUCUGUGCAUGGGGUUCCAAAGGUUGGUGCUACUGGUGAUUGUGUGAAUGUGCCCAUUGAGGAGGAAAAGAGACCAGAGGUUAAUGGAGUAGUAGUUGGGAGUCCAGAUAUUGAGAAACUUUACACAAGGCUGCAGGCUCUUGAGGCGGACAGGGAGUCAAUGAGGCAGGCCAUUGUUUCCAUGCGAACUGAGAAAGCACAGCUACGGUUAUUGAGAGAGAUAGCGCAGCAACUUUCAAAAGAGGCAGCUCCUCAGAGGAGUCUGCUCGAGAAAAAGCCUUUAACUGCUAAUACCUCCAUACUAUCAUUUCUUAAGUUGAUAGGGACAUUUGUCCUCUGGAAAAAGAAAGCUUCAAGAAUCAGGCACACGUUUGGGACAUCAAGUAACAGCGCCGGCUUGAUGCUUAUUUUGGACAAAAGUCCUGGAAUAAGCAAUCGGAAGUGUAUCGCAGGAACACAAGUGUGAUGGUGAACCAAGACCCAAUUGCUUUCGCUUGAAGUAAAUAAGAUUAGUGCGAAGCUGUAAUGUCGAUCGAUCAUGAAGAUUGUGCAGCUUUCAUUGGGGAUUCUUUUUAAGUUCCCUUUUGUAAUUACCUUUUUUAACUGAAGGUGUUCUCAUGGUUUGCUUGUAAACCAUGAACUUGUAUAGAUCGAACUGUUCUUUUGAUUCUUGAGAUUGAUGCUGGUAAAUCAUAACUCGGCUUUAAAUCUA